CCUUUCUCUCUGUCUGCCAAAACAAAAAAUAUUAUUACAAAUUAAAUUCACUUUUUUCACUCUCUGUUCAGACCAAAAAAUGCAGAACCUCGGAAAUUACUAAUUUCGACAUAACUGAAGUAUUCUGUCUCUUUUAGCAAAUUUUUCGUUUUAUGAUCCAAGGUGACUGAGGUUUCUCAACGGAUAAAAUUUUGCGAAUUGAUUUAGGGUUUUCCCAUUAUUGCUGGACAAUGGGAAACAGUGACGACGGAAAAUCCGCUAAGCCUGAAAAAUUAUCCUCACCUGCCCCACCGGAUCAGGCCAAUAUUCAUGUCUAUCCUGAUUGGGCAGCCAUGCAGGCAUAUUAUGGCCCAAGAGUCGCUCUUCCACCAUAUUAUAACUCGGCCAUGGCGUCUGGCCAUGCCCCUCAUCCAUAUAUGUGGGGAGCACCGCAGCAUAUGAUGCCACCUUAUGCACCCGCUUAUGCUGCAGUGUACCCCCAUGGAGGGGUUUAUGCACAUCCGGCCGUACCUGUUGGAUCACAGCCUCCCGGGCAUGGUUUCCCACCAUCACCUGCUGCUGUAUCACAUCCAGAGGUAGGUAAGUCCGCAGAAAAUGGAGAUCGGGGCUUAAUUAAGAAGCUAAAAGGAUUUGAUGGGCUUGCAAUGUCAAUAGGCAACAGUAAUAAUAAGGCAGAGAGUGCAGAGGGAGGGGAACGCAGGCUGUCUCAGAGUUCAGAGACUGAAGGUUCCACUGAUGGGAGUGAUGGUAAUACAGCUGGGGGAAGGAAAAGGAGACGUGAGGUGACAUCAAGCGAUGGUGAAGAGAGAAGGACUGGAACGCAUGUCAAUUCUCUUUUGACUAGAGGGGCAAAUACAUCUUCUGAUAAGUCGAUGGUUGCUGCUACGGGUGUUUCAGGAAAGUCGGUGGGAGCUAUUAUUUCACCUGGCAUGAACACAGCAUUGGAGCUCCAGAACUCUCCUGCGAAUUCUAAUAAGACAAAUGAUGCUAAUGCUCAACCUUGUGCAGUUCUACCUCCAGAAGUUUGGGUCCAUAAUGAGAGGGAGCUGAAACGAGAGAGGAGGAAACAAUCAAAUCGAGAAUCUGCUAGAAGGUCAAGAUUGAGGAAACAGGCUGAGGCUGAAGAACUUUCUCGCAAAGUGGAAUCCUUGACCUCGGAAAAUCUGACACUAAAAUCAGAAAUACAUCAAAUGUCUGAGAAAUCGGAGAAACUAAGACUUGAAAAUGCAGCGUUACUGGAGAAACUAAAAAAUGCAGAUGUAGAACAAACACGAGAGAUUAUGUUGAGCAGCAGUGAUGUGCCAAGGGCCUCCGCUGUUAGUACUGAGAAUCUGCUCUCCAGAGUUGAAAAUUCAGCCUCUGGUCAUAGAAACACAGGAGAAGAUGAUGGUGAUAUAUAUGAAAGAAGCUCGAAUUCCGGGGCCAAGCUGCAUCAACUGUUGGGCACAAGUCCGAGGGCUGAUGCUGUGGCUGCUGGCUAAUUUUAGAAACUAGUUUGGUAAAUUAGAGGAAACUAGGUAGUUUUGGCAUAUUACGAGUCCAAAAUUACUUCUAACAUCUAGACCAAGAAGAGGGACGGAAUAUCGGAAUAGGCUAUGCAUCUCUGGAACUUGUAAUCUACCUGUAAGUUUAGCUUUCUCAUGGGAGAAAUGUAUUUUAUUCGGAACAUGAGGUUGGCGAGAUUGUUAUCAAAGGUAAUGUAAAUUGAAGAGGAUUAGGAUUUGGAGUAGGAACUCUUAAAAUACAUCUGUUUGUGCCAUUAUUACAGAUGUAGAAAUUUUAUGAUAUAAAUGCUUGACAAAUUGAGUGAUUCUAUGAA